AAUUCAACCAUUUCUCUCUGUUCCGCUCCCACCGCCAAGAAUCUCACCUCAGACCAGCCCAAUCCCUAAGGUAAGGUUCUAAUCAACCUCACUGCAGCAAAAAUCCCCAUGCCGAUUCUCUCCUCCAACUACCAUUGGAUCCUCUCUCUAAAGAUCCUUUUUAUCUCUACCGGAGUUCUAUCCAUGGCCCUCUUCCUCAAGCUCUCUGUUCCAGUGGUCGCCGAUUUCGUACUCUCUGAAAUCCCCUCCAUCUGGACCUCCUUCCUCUCCUGGUUAACUCCUCCUUAUCUUUAUUUGCUUAUUAAUUGCAUAAUCAUCAGUAUUGUUGCCUCUUCUAAGCUCCAGUCCAAGCUGGAGAAUGAUCCGAUUCCGGAGACGCCGGCUCCUCCUCCGGUCUCCAAGAUCCCGUCUGACUAUGCUGUGUGUGGUGGUAGCGACAUUUUGAAUGGAUACAGUAGUUACAACGCGAAUCAGAACGUCGUGACGAAGGUUUCGGAUCUUGAAAUCGAUGAUUCGAACGAGUUGUACGGACAGAUUGAAGAAUCUAGGGUUUUUGAGAUGGAGAAGAAAGGGGAGAAUGAUUCUGUGAUUGCGAUGAAAGGUAGUGAUGAAAGUAGUGUAUUGAGCCCGAUCACCAACACUCUGCCGAGGAACGAUUCAAUCGGAGUUCUGUUCUCAAACAAGAAGGAGAAACCGCCGGUUUCUUCAAGAUUCGGCCAACGGAAAUUCGUGAAAGCCAGUCCUGAAGGAAAGCCGUUGGGAGUUUCAAAACCGAAGCGGCAGGACACGCUGGAGAACACGUGGCGGAAGAUAACGGAAGGGAGGUCCAUGCCGUUAACCAGGCACUUAAGAAAAUCCGACACGUGGGAGUCGCACGGGCGAAGGAGCCCCACUAUGGUGGUGGAGCCUGCGACGCCCCCGCCGUCGAAGGUGAUGAAGAAGUCGGAGACGUUCAAGGAAGGAAGGGGAGGUGGUUCGCCGAGUCCGUCCCCGGGGGGGUCGGGGAGGCUGAAGAGAGAACCGUCGCUGACUCAGGACGAGUUGAACCGCCGAGUAGAGGCGUUCAUCAAGAAGUUUAACGAUGAGAUGAGGUUGCAAAGACAAGAAUCGCUGAAGCAGUACCAGGAGAUGAUGGGCCGUGGUGGAGCCCAAAGCUUUUGAAUCAUGAAGAGCUUUUUGGGCCCUCAAAAAGUACUCUUUUUCUAGGGCUUUCUUAACGCAAUAGCAGUGAUAACAGAAGAAAAGGAUAAAGGAAUAUAGGCAUCUUUUUAAUUUGUUUGUGUGGGAAAGGGGAGAAUUAUUAUUAUAAUAAAUAGAUAGAUUAGUUAGGGAAUUAAGGAUUUGAGUUUUCGUUUUUCUUUUUUUUUUCUUUUUUUUUUUUUUUUUUUUUAAAAAAAUAGUAUUUUAGAUUUCAGUAGUAGUGUUGGGUACACAUUUGAACUUGGUGUUCGUUUUAGGUGAUGUUUAUAUUGAAAUUUAAUUUGUUCUUUUAUUCUCUUUUUUUACAUGUCUUGUAAAAAAAAACCUCGGAUUCUUCAGUGUUCCUUUUCUUUUAAGGAUGAUGAGCCUCGUUUGUUAA